UAUGCUUAUUUAAGGACCAUUGUUGAUAUUCUAUUGGUCUGUAAAGGGGAAGGACAAUCAUAAACUUGCUUUAUUUAAUUAUUCUCUCAGGGGGGGUCAGUGCUGAAAGUAGCUUAAAUCUGGAUUGUUGAAUUGCCGAUGAGAAACAAAUGUUUUAUGGAGAUGAGGACAAUCCCGACAAGGUUCCAGCUAUGCGGUGUGGUGGAGUACGCUGUGUCCGUAUGCAGUGCUUUACCAGAAAGAUGACCAGAUCCACAGAUCUCCUACACAUGGGAAUUAGGACACAUCCAAGGCUCCUCCGGGUAUCCUUCCUAGUCCUUCUUCUUCAUGCAGCCAUAGCCUCUGCCCCACCUCCUUCCCUAUCUACCCCGCCAUCUUUGUCCUCACCGCCAUCAAAUGCACAGCUUAAAACAACAACCACACCACCUACACCAAAUACUACCAUAUCAACUAAAACUACCGCGCCUUCUACACCAAAUACAACCAAAACAAUAACUUCAACCACAACCUCUACACCAACUACAUCCACACCAACCGUGUCAGCUACAACAACCACAUCUACUACAACAUCUACCACCCAAAGUACUGUAGCAUCAACCAUGUCACAUACUAACACAGCAACUACACCCUAUCCAACCACAUCAGCUACAACCACGACACCUGCAGCUUCGUCAACUAUACCAUCCACAGCUACAUUAACCACCACUUACAUUCCUUCAUCUAACACUCUAAACACAUCAACAGUCGUGGUGCCCAUGUCGAAUGCAGCAGCACCAAAUGCAUCCACCACCCCACCCCCCACAUCACAUACAACCCCUCACCCAUCACCACUGCACACUGCCUCAUCCAACAUGACUAGUGGACCAAUGGCGUCCACUGUGCCAUCUCCAUCCACUACCUCUACGCUGCACUCAACCUCACCCAUCAUGUUGUCCACCGCUAACAUGACCUCGAAAAAUGACACAUUUCCGGGACACUCCACGCCUUUACCAACAACAGUCACCUCUAACGUCACUACAGAGCCAGCAAAGGUGCAUUGCAAUUUCUCACAGCUCUGUGCCAAUCAGUCUGUUUACUAUUGGAUGGUCCUUGCUGUGGACGUGACUGGAGACCUGAAGAGUGAAACAGACAUCAGUGACUGGGUAGGCUUGUGA